UAUGGAUUAAAACAAGUGAAAUGCGCUGAUCCAAUAUUGCCCCGAUAAACUUUAUAAUUAUUUACGAUAAACCAUAUCCAGUCAACUUUAGUGCAAUAAAAUGGUGGCUGAUGUGCCUAAAAAUAUUGAUCCUAGCGCGUUAGCCUUGAUAAGGGAUAUUAAUUACGGGAGAAUUAACGGUAGUUACGACAUCGUAGUAUCAACUGUAUCGCUAUUAAAGAAAAUCAUCAGCAAUUCAGAAUGGAAUACCGCGGAAGAACUAAUGAAACUAAUAAAAGAAAAUGGGAAAGUUCUGAUCGAUUCCGUGCCGAUAGAAUCGUCGAUAGGUAGCAUGGUUCGUAGAAUAUUGAAAAUCAUCAGAGAAGAGUACAUAUCGGAGUUGAAGAAUAAAACGGAGGAGACGGACGCUCAGGAAUCCCUUCAUAAGAUUCUUACCGCAGGAGGAGAUCAGGAAAAUGACUAUUCUCAUUCCGUUCCCUCCCUGAAGUCCGCACUCAUCGAACACAUCACCGAGUUUCAAGUGGAACUGGAAACUUGCUCUGAAAACAUUACCGAACAAGCGUCGGAACACAUCCACUCCAAUGAAAUUAUCAUGACACUGGGAAGAUCGAGAAUGGUUGAGGAUUUUUUAAAACAAGCAUCUGCCACAAGAACUUUCGAAGUCAUCGUAGCCGAAGGUGCACCAUUUCUUAAUGGGCACGAAAUGGCUGUAAAUUUAGCCAAGGCAAAGAUCAAGACGACUUUGAUAUCUGACGUGGCCAUAUUCGCCAUGAUGUCUAGGGUGAAUAAAGUGAUAAUUGGAACUCACACUGUCAUGGCCAAUGGAGGGCUCAGAUCCAUCACAGGAUCUCACACAGUUGCGCUGGCAGCCAAGCAUUAUUCCGUGCCAGUUACAGUCUUGCUACCGUUGUACAAACUGUCGCCUUUGUAUCUUUGCUCGUACGAACAAGACGCUUUCAACAAACACGUCUCGCCGACGCAAGGUGUUAUAGACGGCAUCAAUUCUCCAUUAAUGGAAAAAAUUCAAGCCUACAAUCCUGUCUUCGAUUAUGUUCCACCGGAACUUGUUACUUUGUUUGUUACCAAUACUGGAGGAAAUGCACCGUCCUACAUCUACAGAUUGCUAAGCGAGUUGUACCAUCCUGAUGACUACGAAUUAUAGUGCAUUGAUCGUAAAAAUAUGAUAAUGAAAGUGUAACUAAUUUGGUUAAACCAAGUAUGAUAAUUCGAAUAAAAACUUUACUAUAUUUAUUAAUAAA